AUGGUUGACUUCAACAGCCCACUUUCUCUCUACUCCAUCCCCGUUAUCUGGUUUACCAGCUUCUAUCCAAACUUUUGGAAGUUCCUCAUUAUCGAUAGGAAAGUCGGAUACAACAAUGUCCAACCACGAUCCAACCUCAAUCAGGCAAAGACCGCGAAGGACAAGAUUUCGCCUGAGCUUGCAGCGCGCCUCGAGCGCAUGGAAGGAGCUCAUUUGAAUGGGAACGAGGCUCUGCCACUCUGGGCUGCUGCGGUGCUCGCCGGAAACCUUGUAGGCUUGGACAAUCAUUGGAUGAACAUCAUGUCCGCAUCCUAUGUUGUCUCGCGAUUACUCUUCAAUCAUCUCUACAUCAACUUCAAUCAUGUCGGAAACGGUGUCCCCCGCACCAUCGUAUUUUUCAUUGGACUUUCGUUCCCUUUGAGGAUUCUCUGGAAAGCGGCGGAGAAGGCGGCCUCUCGUUGA